AUGGCCGAUAAUAACCCAGAUGGUGGAUUAUCUGCAGAUGUCUUUUUAAUGGAAGAUAAAUUGUCCAAGAUAAGAACACAAAUUAAUUCAAAAUUAGACAAUCAAAAGAAUUUAGCUAUAAUCUUAUCCGCUGUGGAAGAAAACAUCGAGGAACAAAAGAAUGAAAAAACACCAGUUGCGUACUUUGUUUCCUUCUUAUCCUUAUUAGACCAAUCUGUUAAGGGUGAUAGUAUUGUUGAUAGUGGAUUAGCUACUACCACGGCUUACUUUUUGGAUAUUAUUUUUCCGUUUACUCCUAAACCAUUAUUGAAAGCUAAGUUCGGUGAAAUUUUAACCAAAUUAGCCCCUCCACUUACAAACCCAGAAUCUGAAGCUCCAUUAGUUAGGUCGACUAUUGGUGCAUUGGAGAGUUUAUUGUUAGCACAGGACCAUCAACAAUGGGUUUCUUCCGGCAACAUUUCCCCAAAGAGAGCUUUGAUUGGAUUAUUGGAAUUAUCGUUUGACCCAAGACCAAAAGUGAGAAGAAGAGCUCAAGAAUCAGUUCAUAAGAUCUUAAUGAAUCCCCCACCAUCUCCUUCUCCUAUUCAUGUUGCUGCACCAUUGUGUGGUGAUUUAGCUUUAAAGAAAUUAGUUUCGUUGGUUGAAACACUGUCCAGAGGUAAUAAGAAGAAUUCAAAUAAAGAUUCAAAUUCACAAAUCAUUCAUACAUUACAAUUAAUCACAUCUAUCACUUCUGCCAACUCGUGGCCUUCAACUCAAAUAGAACCGUUAUGUGACAUAUUACUUGAAAUUUCGAAGACCUCAGAUCAAUAUUUAGUGACUUCUGCGUUCUCUGCGUUUGAAGGAUUAUUCAAAUCAAUGUCCAAUAUCAUUGAUGUGGAAAAGUUCACAAAGGUUUUGGAUAUCAUCUUCGAUUUAAAACCAUCAGUCAAUGAUUCGCAUUUGGCUGCUUCUUGGUUAGCGGUCGUUGCUAAAGCAUUGGAAAGUUUUGCUUCUUUAUCACCGGAGACUUGUCUUCAGAGAACUUCAGAUGUUAUUCCAAUAGUAUCUCAAUUUUUAUCAUCAGAUUCAAGAGAUAUUUACAUUUCUGCAUCUCAGUGCUUAAUAGCUAUUAUUACUGAAACUAUUCCAGAUAAUUACUUGCUUCAACCAUCGGAACAACAUGGCGUAUCCGGUGAAAUAUAUGAAUUAAUGGAUGAAACCAUCACAUUUAUUGCAGAUCAUAUUGAGAAGGAAUUAUUAUCCAUCAAGUAUCAACAUGCUACUAAGGAAAUUUUAGAGCUUAUUACUGCUACUAUUUUGAAAUUAAGAACCCGCUGUAAUCCGGACUUUUUGAAUGUUUUACAGGUUGUUGGAGAAUGGCGUACUAAUGAAACCGAUUCCUUUCCACACAAUAAAGAGGCGGAAGAUGUCAUCUCUGCGUCUAUUUCUACAAUGGGCCCGGAUGUAGUUUUAAGUGUUUUACCAUUAAACUUGAACGGUGAAGGAUCUGGUAGAGCUUGGUUAUUGCCAUUAUUGAGAGAUAAUGUGCGUUUUGCUGAUUUAAGUUUCUACAGAAGAGAAAUCUUACCGUUAGUUGAACUUUUUGAACAGAAAAUUAAGGAUGCAACCAAUAAAGAAUCUAUGCACGUUAAGAUUUUGCAAACAAUAAUUGAUCAAGUAUGGUCAUUAUUACCACACUUCUGUGAUUUACCUAAGGAUAUGAGAAGUAGUUUUGAUGAUUCCUUUGCUGCUACCUUAUCUGACUUGAUGUAUGCGAAUGUAGAAUUGAGAAUUCCAAUCUGCCAUGCAUUAAGAUUACUAGUUGAAUCCAAUAUAGCCUAUAGUGAAGGCGCUCUUGCGGAUGAUUUAUUGAUGCAAGAGGAAUUCCCUAUUGCAGAAUCAAAAAAGAAUUUAGAAUAUUUAGCUUCAAAGGCUUCAAACAUUUUGUCAGUUUUAUUCAAUAUUUUCACUUCGACAAUUCCUGAAUCUAGAGGAUUUAUUUUAGAUACUGUUGAUACGUAUUUACAAGUUAUUCCAAAGGCUGACUUAGAAAGUACUUUUAAUAAAGUAUGUGGUUUGUUAAAGAACAGUAUGGAUGAAGAGGUUAAUGCUGCCCCAGCUACUAACCAAUCCAAAUCUGAAGCUCCAAAAUUAAGCUCAACAAUGAUGGACUUAAUUGUGGCUAUGGCUAAAUACGUUCCUGAGUCAUCUCAUAAUGCAUUAUUUAGUAUCUUUUCUUCAACUGUCGCCUUAGAGAAUAAUGUUCUUAUGCAAAAGAGGUCAUACAGAAUCAUCAAUAAGCUUGUUGAAACCGAUGAGGGUAAAGCCUCUAUUGUUAAGUUUAUUGGUAACAUUGAAGAAGUUUUGGUUGCCACAGCUGAAAUAACUCAUAAGUCAGCAAGAGCCUCAAGAUUAUCAGCAAUACAUUUGAUUUUGGAUUUAUUACCUGAAGGCGAUUUACAUUUUAUUCCAGCAGUUUUGCAAGAAAUAAUCAUGUCUACUAAAGAUGUCAAUGAAAAAACCCGUGGUUUAUCGUACCAAAUUUUGAUUAAAAUGGGUCAUAGAAUGAGCCAAGGGGGUUUGAUUGAAAACUCUAAGGUUCCAGGUUUUGCUGAUGAUACUCCAUCAAGUGAAGCAUCUUUAACCGAAUUUUUUACCAUGGUAAGUGCUGGGUUGGCUGCACAAACUCCACAUAUGAUCUCCGCAACAAUUACUGCCGUAUCAUGCUUAGUAUUUGAAUUCAAAGAUGAAUUACCUACAGAAGUGUUAUUGGAAAUUGCAUCCACUGUCGAAUUAUUUUUAACUCAUAACUCGAGAGAAAUUGCAAAAUCGGCAAUUGGUUUCGUCAAGGUUGAAGUCUUGUCAUUACCAGAAGACUUAGUGAGAGCUAAUUUGAAGGAAUUGUUAACAAAGUUAAUGAGAUGGUCACACGAACAUAAGGGUCAUUUCAAAUCUAAAGUGAAGCAUAUCUUAGAAAGAUUAAUAAGAAAAUUUGGAGUAGAAGAAGUUGAACAAGCCAUUCCAGAAGAAGACAAGAAAUUGGUUUCCAAUAUCAAAAAGACUAGAGAUAGAACAAAGAGAAAGCAAGAAGCUGAAAUAGCUGAAGGAACUGAAACUCCUGGUAAUAAGAAAUUCGUUUCUGCCUACGAAGAAGCAUUAUAUGAUUCAGAUGACGAAGACGUUGAUAAUGUUGAUGAUGAGGAACAAACUCAUGGCAAGAAAUCCAACCAGUUUAUUUUGGAAACUGGUGAUGAACCAUUGAACUUGUUAGACCGUCAGACCCUUGCUCAUAUUUCUUCUUCCAAACCUAAGAAGUUCACUAAAAAGGAUUUGGCUGCGAAAUCUGAUUUCAAAACUAAGAACGGUAAAUUUGUUUUCAAUGAAGGAGAGGAGGACGAUCCGCUUUCUUCAAAGAGCUCUGGUAUUGAUGCAUACUUGGAUGCCGUGAAACUGGCACCAGUAAGAGGUCAAAAGAAUAAAUUGAAAUUUAAGAAGAACAAGAAUGAAGAUGACUUUUCCGAAGACGAAGAUGAAAAACCCGCCUUUAAGAAAUCUUCUAAUAAUAAAUUAAUGAAUAAAUCAAAAAUUCAAAAGCCAAAGCAAAAAUUUAAGGCAAAGAAGAAGCUUUAA